GUCAUUGAUAAAGGUCAACACUAUUAUACCGGCCCCUUGCUGUUCGUAUUCAUAGCGAAUUGUUAAACCGAUAACUGUAACAAAUUCAUUGUAUUGCACAACACAAACGACGCAUUUCGUGCGUGAGUUUCAGUCUGAUAGGUUGUGAAUUAUCUUAAAAAAAUGGGUUCCCGCUUCCAAGUUGUUCAACAAGGUCCUCCCAUCGAAGUUUUCCAAUUAAACCGUAUGUUUAUGGAAGACCCGCACCCGUCUAAAAUCAAUUUGAGCAUUGGCGCCUACCGAGAUGAAAAAGGUCAACCAUGGGUACUACCAGUGGUGAGGAAGAUGGAGAAACAGAUGGCUAAUGAUGAGACACUCCUGCAUGAAUACCUCCCUGUUCUUGGUAUGGAACAGUUCUCCGCAGCGUCUACCGCCAUGCUGCUGGGAGAAGACAGCCCCGCGAUCGCUUCAGGACGUGCGUUCGGAGUUCAGACGCUGUCUGGAACAGGCAGUCUGCGCGUCGGCGCUGAGCUGCUGAACAAACACCUUAACUACACCAACUUCUAUUACUCCGUGCCUACCUGGGAAAACCACCACUUGGUAUUCGUGAACUCCGGUUUCACGAACCCUCGCACUUACCGUUACUGGGACGCUAAGGCCCGAGCGAUCGACUUCGAAGGCCUCAUCGAAGACCUGCGCAAUGCCCCUGAGAACUCCGUGAUAUUGCUACACGCGUGCGCCCACAACCCAACUGGCUAUGACCCCACUCAUGAACAGUGGGAGAAAAUUGCAGAUGUUAUGGAGGAGCGAAAGUUGUUCCCAUUCUUCGACAGCGCGUACCAGGGCUUCGCGUCCGGUGACUUGGACCAGGACGCCUGGGCCGUGCGCUACUUCGUCAAGCGAGGCUUCGAGCUCAUCUGCGCACAGUCUUACGCUAAGAACUUCGGAUUAUACAACGAGAGAGUGGGCAACCUGGCUAUAGUGGUGUCGGACCCGUCGGUGGUGCAGGCGAUGCGGUCGCAGUUGACGUGGAUAGUGCGCGGCAUGUACUCCAACCCGCCCGCCCACGGCGCGCGCGUCGUCACCAACGUACUCACCAACAAACAACUAUUCGACGAAUGGAAGGACCACAUCAAAGCCAUGUCCUCCAGGGUGACUGAAAUGAGAGAAGCUUUGAGAGCUGAACUUAUCAAGUUGGGAACACCAGGCCAUUGGGACCACAUUGUCAAGCAGAUCGGUCUGUUUUCCUACACGGGUUUGACCCAGAAACAGACGGAAUAUUUAAUUCAAGAGUACCACAUCUACCUAUUAAAGUCUGGUCGUAUUAACGUCUGUGGAUUGAAUCCCAGUAACGUUCAGUACAUGGCCAGAGCUAUGCACGACGCCAUCACCAAAUUCCCAGCUGAAGAGUAAAAAUUUUAUUUCUUUCAUAUCAUUUAUAGUAAGCCUUAUAUCUUAUAGAAGUAAAUUGACUAAUAAUACUCCAAACUUUUUUACUGCAAAGCAUUUUCAACUUUUUUGUCUUAGUAAUAAGAUUAAGUUUCGUAAAGCAACAUGAUCGUGUCUGUUACGAAUCAUUUUUUUUAUAUUGUAAGCUGUAAGG